GAAUCGAGCAUUGAGAGCUUCUUGCUUCAAGUUUUACCGUUCCUGGCAUGCCUCCUUGAAUUUCACUAUGACUAGGCGCCAAUUUUCUGGUAGCACGACAGAUCAGGAUGAAUCCAGUGAUGAUGAAUCAGACAAGAUGGACAAGGGGGUUGAAGAAGGGAAAAUACCAGUCUAUAUCCCUUGGAAAAGCGCGGCGUUGUUUAAGAUGUCUAACAGUGACAAAAGAAAAGGAAAACAAAAGAUGACAUCCAACAAUAAAAUAAAAAAGGUGAAAUUGACACGACUUGCUGAAAGUUUAGAAGAACCAAUAACAUCCAAUUCUACCACUACUCCAUCUGCUACAACGGCCAAUACACUUUCCUCAUUACAUGCGUCUUCAAAUGUUGAGACAAGUCAAAGGAAGCUAAAACUGGACUUGGCAGGAGAAGGAUUUUUACCUUCACUUACCGCGGCUCAUGCAAUUUCGGACAUCAUUAAAGGGCAUUACUCUCAGCCGUGGCCUUCGUGGAAAAAGAUACCAGAUGCUACUAGGAAAUUUUGGUGGGAAAAGUUCAAAAGAAAACAUCAGUUUUUUCCUCCAGAUCUUUAUUGGGCUCGAAAAAAUUUUGAGAGGCGAGGUGUGGCGUUACUAAAAAAUUUGUUGGGAAAAGCUCGUACAAGUCGUGUCAAACCUCAAUGGAUAGAAGAUGGUGUGUGGGAUGCUCUCUGUGCUUAUUGGAAUACUGACACUGGGUUUCUACAAAGGAGCACACAAGGCAAGUCAAAUCGAGCAUCUGGUUGCAGCGGAUUUGGAGCGGCUCUUCAUACUGCUGGCCCAAUUUCCGUUAUCCAACACAAAACUAAUAUGUUAGAAUUGUUUGCGAAGACCCACAAACACAAGGAUGAGACAUGGGUGGAUAAGAAAUCAAAACAUGUUGCG